GCAAUUGCUUCACUUGUUAUCCUCUCUACUUCCUACAACUCUCUUACUGUUUCUCAGCGCGUCUCGGUUCCUCCAACAUCAUGGGAAAGAUCAAGAUUGGUGCAAUCAAGAUGAAGAUCAUGGAAUCUCUGUCCCAACUCUUGCACCUCAUAACAUCACACCUGCCGUCAAGAUUGCCAGCUUCUCCUCCUAAUAUUGACGACCUGGAAUCGCAAUCAUCGCAACCCCUUCCUUCUUUUUCUAGUACCAUCUCAGAAUCACAAUCUCCACAAGCGCGGCAUCCAACUUCUCCAGAAUCACCACCAAGAGGGCGACUGCCUCUUACCAUCAACGAAUCACAGCGAAACAAUGUUCUUGACGCGAAGCCGGACUUGGAAACCGAAUUAAGGAAGACACUCCUGAGUUUGUGCUUCACAGCAGCAAUUCAAAUCACGAUUCAGUACGUACAGGUUGCUGAAUCUGAAGCCCACUACCCCAUCAUUUUGAUCUCCUUAGCUGUUGUAGCUAUCUUUGCUUCUCUAUUCGUCUCACCGUUUAUUGGAAAAAAGAUUCCGACUGCAGCCAAGGUGUUGGAGAAAGUUGCGUUCUUCCUAGCGGCGACAACGUUUUUCUUCGCCAUAGCAACUCCAUUCCCUCUUGGCAUCAAAUGUGUUAUAUGGGCAGUCUACAUCAUGUUGUUGAUUACUAUUGCCAUCUGCACUUGCCUCUAGGUGGUUCUGAAAUGCGAAAUUUGACAGUUUACUCCUCCUCCUGUGUUAUUAUAGGGCAACCACGAUUGGAAUUCAACUUUUAUAGAAACGGUGAGGAUUAGUUAAUGCAUGUAUGCUUAUUAC